UAAAGUUGUUAUUAACACGAAUAAGAAUUUAUUAUAAAAAUGUCAAGUAUUACAAUAUCAGUAAUUCGACCCCGUACAAGUAUCCUUGAUAAAUCUUUAAGUAAAGGAAAAGGAGAGGUUAAUAUAAGCUGUUAUGCCCUACUUUUUUCGGAAUUAGUUCAAUACUGCCAAAACCGUGUAUAUACUGUACCCGAACUGCAGAAUAAAUUAUCUCAAAUGGGAACUGAAGUUGGACAUCGAGUGGGAGAUUUAUUAGUAGUUCGAGAAAAGGGUAGUAAAAGAGAUAUAAAAUUAUUAAAUAUCUUAUUAUUUAUUAAGAGUACCUUAUGGAAAUCAUUGUUUGGGCGUGAAGCUGAUAAAUUAGAACAUGCAAAUGAUGAUGAGCAAACAUAUUAUAUUAUUGAAAAAGAAUCAUUAGUAAAUAAAUUUGUAUCAGUACCAAAAGAUAAAGGGAAUUUAAAUUGUGCAUCAUUUGUUGCUGGAAUAAUUGAAGCAGUAUUGGGCGAUUGUGGAUUUCUUGCGAAAGUAACAGCUCAUUGGCAUAAAGGAACAACAUAUAUGGUCAAAUUCGAUGAUAGUGUUAUUGCACGUGAUAAACAGCUUGAAGAUCGUUAGUAUUUAAUUUGCUUUAAAAAUUAGGUUAAUCUUUUUAUGAAUAAAAACAAA